AUGGCACUUUACAAUUUCAAGAAGAUUAUGGUGGUUCCCACCGCCAAGGUAAGGGCAUUUCUGUGUAUUUAUCUUGUUAAAGGUUUGUUGUUUGGUUGUGUGUCGAUGUUCAGCUCAGGGAGACUGAAGGAGGGUUAAAAACACGGAGAUACUCGUGAAGGAAAACACGUGCUGAGCUGGUGUCCAGAGACCUCAGAGUGUUAUGUAAUUUUUAUUUAGUGUGCUGUAUUAUAACGUAAUAUUACAUAGGUAAUAGUAAUAGAAAAACACCAUAUCGAUAACUGAUCAGUUUGAACACCCUGCUAUGCUGUCUGUCAUAGUUAAAAUCAGCCUAGAUCUCCUCCAAACCAAACUGCAUAGGAAAAAAUCACAAUUAAGGAUUCAUGUAUUUUAUAAAUGAGGCAGGUAACUGUCCGAUUUGGUAUGCAAGCCUAAUAUCAAGGAUCUCCUCUGAUAACAAGCUUCACUAAUGCUUGUCACCUGUUUCUCCGGCAGCGUCAGUCCAUUUAAAUACAGUGUCAGCGCUAGUUAUUGAGUUAUUUAGCAAAGUCAAUAAAAUAAGCUCUUAAGUGAGAAAAAUUAACUUCUAUUUGUGUCAAUUCUAUGCCGAAUUACUCCAAGGUACCGAUUGUUUAUGAACAUAAUGGUAUAAGUUGCUAUUAACGAUUUGCUGUUUCUGACAAGACUCCUUUUGUUUUAAAUUAGUAGAUUUGUGAAUGGAGUCUGGCAGGAAUUGCCCCUAAGUGAGAAACAUUACCUUGUACUUAUGUCAGUGGUAUGCCGAAUUACUCCAAGACACCGAUCGUUUGUCAACAUAACGGUAUAAGUUGCUAUUAAUGAUUUGCACGAAUGGCAAGAUUCCUUUUAUUUUAAAUUUGUAGAUUUGUGAAUGGAGUCUGGCAGGAAUUGCUCUGAAGUGAGAAACAUUAACUUGUACUUGUGUCACCGGUAUGCCGAAUUACUCCAAGACACCGAUCGUUUAUGAACAUAACGGUAUAAGUUGCUAUUAACGAUUUCCACGAAGUGCAAGACUCCGUUUAUUUUUAAUUAGUAGAUUUGUGAAUGGAGUCUGGUAGGAAUUGCUGGAACGAAAGCAUACAUGACAUUUAGCUUGUUUUGUCGCAUAGCAUUGGGAUUUUUAUAUACCCCCAACAUAAGUGGCAAAAUCAGAGGCCAAAAUGUAAUAAAAAAUUUAGAAAGUAUAGUCACAGUUUGGGUUAAAAAAGUAACAAAAAAAAAUACCAAAAGUUAUUUUAGUUCAAGCACCUGGUCUGUUUUUGAGAGUUAAAUACCAUACUCAGUAACUUUUCUUGGUCCCUGUUCGUGCAAAGUAACUUGUGGUAGUAUCUAGACUUUUUAAAUCUGGGGUGAAAUCCCCCUCACUGCCCCCUGACUGUAACCAUCGUUUGCCCCCUUUCUGCAGGAUUUCAUCGACAUCACUUUAUCCAAAACACAAAGGAAGACGCCCACAGUUGUACACAAACACUACCAGAUCCACCGAAUCCGCCAUUUUUACAUGAGGAAGGUGAAGUUCACUCAGCAGAACUACCACGACCGCCUCACUCAGAUCCUCACCGACUUCCCCAAACUGGACGUAAGUCUGAGAACUCAGAAGUUUGUCUUGGAUUCAGAGUGAAGUGACCCUUCCUCAUAUUGAUGUUAAAUUUUGUUUUCCUUUAGGACAUCCACCCGUUCUACGCUGAUCUGAUGAACGUGUUAUACGACAAAGAUCACUACAAGUUGGCUUUGGGGCAGAUAAACAUUGCCAAGAACUUGAUCGAUAAGUGAGUUUCUCUUUAAUAUUUUAUUUAUUAAUGCUUCAAACUAACUCAUACAUUUCUGACUGUAUUGUCACAAUUUUCUGACUUUAUCCUCCUAAAUUUCUGUCUUUAUUCUUGCGGGAUGGUUUUGCUGUUUUAUAAACGUAAAUAAAAAUGUGAUAAGUAAAAGGAAUUAUCAACUGUAAGAAAAGGACUGAAAUAAAAAAGCAUUAAACGAUUUAUUAAAGUGAUAGAAACAGACUUGUUCUAGUUUUAAGAACCGAAGUGUCGACUCUGAACGUUUCUUUAUUUGCCCUGUCAGUGUCGCCAAAGACUACGUGAGGCUGAUGAAGUACGGAGACUCUCUGUAUCGGUGUAAACAGCUGAAGAGAGCCGCUCUGGGUCGGAUGUGCACCAUCCUCAAACGUCAGAAGUCCAGUCUGGAGUAUCUGGAACAAGGUAACACACAGUGUGUUUACAUGCACAGCGUAAUCGGACUAAGCUCAUACUUCGUUUUUUUUUUGUUUUGUUUUGUUUUUGCCCAAUUGGACCUCUCUCCGAAAAUCAAAUUAUUGACGUGAACGUGUCCUCCUCCCCAAAACUAGGGGGCGAUAUGGGUCUUUUCAGCGGUGCUGUUUCCUUGUUUUGUGACCGUCUAUAUACUUUUAAAUGUCAAUUUCUGUCAGGAUGUAAAGGAUAACGCCACUCUCCUCGUCGUUCUAGAAGUGGACAUUCUUUUGCGUUUCAGCCAUGUUGCAGUUGCUUCUGAGUCGAAAGUUCUUUAAAUGAUAUCAAAACUUCUUCUCUGGUGUUUUUGUUCUGAAGUUACGGGGGCGUGGCGCUCAUGCAUUGUCCGAUCAUACUCCGACUCCGCUGGUUACAUGGUAGAGAAAAUCAGAUUCCAAUCGCGUUAUCUGGGUGUCUUAAUCAGAGUUCUCAAUCUCUGAUUAUAGUCGGACUAAGGUGUUUACAUGCACUUCAGUGUCCGGUCUUAAUCGUAGUAAGGCGAUAUUUCGGUUUUCUUGAGUGUCGUGUAAACGUACCGACAGAUGAGUUCUCCUGGUGACUUGAGAAAAGUGAAAAUCAUUCAGGUUUCAUGUUUUAAAACAUUUUUUUUACAUUUGUGUUUUUUUUUUUUCUCCACCAGUGCGUCAGCAUCUGUCCCGUUUGCCAACCAUAGACCCAAACACCAGGACCCUGCUCCUGUGCGGUUACCCCAAUGUGGGCAAGUCCAGUUUCAUCAACAAGGUAAAGAGACCCUCUCCAUGAAGCUCAUCAAACCCUGAGUGAUGGCCGCAUCUAAACUCCACACUAAACUGUUUCUGCUUGCUCUCUGACUCACGUUUGUCCCGAUCAGGUGACCAGAGCAGACGUGGACGUCCAGCCCUACGCUUUCACCACCAAGUCUCUGUUUGUGGGUCACAUGGACUACAGAUACCUGCGCUGGCAGGUGAGAUGUCACAGAUUAUGGACUGAACCAGAGGAAAAGUGCAAAACCAGACGAGAGUUGUCUUCCAACAUCAUGUAACAAGUCAAAGCCAAAGAGCGCCCUCUGCUGUUAUAACAGUGACACAGUUCAUGUCUUGAUCUCACCAAUCUGAACCGUGUCUCAGUUAUCAGCUGUCUUUGGAGGCAGAGUGCCACAAAUUUUCAGCCCACAACCUCCAAAAUAGCGACACCAGAGUCACAUGACCACAGCUGUCACUCAUGUCUGAGCGCUAACACCCUCGUGUACAUGAUGCUGUGGAUUAAAAUGGAUUAAAUAUAUUCAUGUCUGUAGGUGGUGGACACCCCGGGGAUCCUGGACCACCCUCUGGAGGAGAGGAACACCAUCGAGAUGCAGGCCAUCACGGCUCUGGCUCACCUGCGAUCAGCCGUCCUCUACGUCAUGGACGUGUCCGAGCAGUGCGGUCACACCCUGCAGGAGCAGCUGGAGCUCUUCAACAACAUCCGGCCGCUGUUCGCCAACAAGGUCAGACCUCAGACCGUGUUUGAUCGCUCUCCUCUCGGUGUAAUAAAAGCCUGGACUUAAAUGAUUUCUGAUUUGGUCAGAUUCAGGCUGUAGUCGCUCGUGGAUUUUUCUUCUUUUCUUUUAAAUUUGAAUCCUGGAAAAUCAAAGUCAAAGGAGAGACAGUUUGAGUAAAGAUGUGUUGUCUCUCUCUCUUUCCUGCAGCCUCUGAUUAUCGUUGCCAACAAAUGUGACGUGAAGAAAAUCAACGAGCUGUCUGAGGAGAACCAAGUAAGUGAUUUACAGUCCAAACCGGACCUGUUUCAAUAAAUCUAGACGACCUUGAGUCCGGUCUUUUAAAGUCUGAACCUGCAGGAUGAAACGGCGUGUUUUAGCUGCGUUAGAGUGAGCACUGGUGUUCACUUUGACUUCUUUUGCUCUGUGUUUGUCAGAAAAUCUUUGCAGACCUCUCCGCUGACGGGAUCUCAGUGAUCGAGACCAGCACCCUGACCGAGGAGGGCGUCAUGCAAGUGAAAACUGAGGUGAGGUGACUCUGAGACUCUGUUGUUUGAAUGAGUCAGUGUGCUGCAGGACAUAAAUCAAAUCUGCUACUACUGAAAGGGACGUCACUUCACUCUCCGAUCUUUAGCUUGAUUAAUUUUGCUGAUAUCACUCACGAAUUGAAAUGACAGAUUUCACUCUUCAAGUAUUUUUCAGGUUUGAAGCGUUUUUACUGCUUACAGUUGAUCAAAGUUGAACAAGUCAGUCUUUUGAAGCUGUGAAGCGUGUGUGAUCAGUCUUACGCAGUCUAACGUUGUCGCUCACCGUCUCGUGUUUCUCAGGCCUGCGACCGACUCCUCGCCAACCGUGUGGAGACGAAGAUGAAGGGAAAGAAGGUCCACGACGUUCUGAACCGACUCCACCUCGCCAUGCCCGCCAAGAGAGACGAGAAGGUCGGUACUUUCACUGACUCGGGCUAAAGUCAGGGCCCAGCUGUGUUUAUUAUUCAGCACUUUAUUGAAACUAACGUUGAUGGUUUCCUUCCAGGAGAGACCGCCGUUCAUCCCAGAGGGAGCGUUGAUGCGCAAGAAGGCGAUGGAGGUGGACGCACCCAAACGUAAACUGGUGAGUUUUUGCUGAAGUUAUAGAUUUAAGGUGUUCGACAUGAUUUCCCUUCAGCUGGACGUGGUUUCGUUCUUAAGAUCAGGAGGAGAAAAUGAUGAUUUGUUGUUUUUCUCGCAGGAGAGAGAUCUGGAGAUGGAGCUCGGAGACGAUUAUGUUCUGGACCUGCAGAGUAAGACGUGUUUUUAUCCUGCAGAUGAAUUAGUUGAGAGUGAUGAAAAUGUUUGUGCGGCUCUGACGGAGUUUUAUCUGUUUUGUGAAGAAUACUGGGACCUGAUGAACGAGGACGAGAAGCAGGACAGGAUCCCGGAGGUGUGGGAGGGCCACAACAUCGCAGACUACAUCGAUCCUGACAUCAUGAAGGUCAGUGUCUGGUUUGAUUCUUCUUCUUCUUCUUCUUCUUCUUCUUUUUUCUAAGUCUCUGGAGGUUUUUGUUUGCGUCCCUCACAGAAACUGGAGGAUCUGGAGAAAGAGGAGGAGCUGAAGGAGCGGGCCGGCGAGUACGACUCCGAUGACGAGAGCGAGGACGAAGAGAUGCAGGAGAUCCGAGUUCUGGCCAAACAGAUCAGGGAGAAGAAGCAGCUCCUGGUCAUAGAGUCCAAGGAGAAGGACAUACACGGGCCUCGCAUGCCCAGAACCGCCGCCAAGGUGAGAGACGCCGGGCCGCUGUUAUUGAUAAGUUUGACCGAAUAACUUGUUUAUAGUGUCUAAAAUCUAACCUUUAACCUUUAAUACCUCAGGUUGAAAGGAAGAAACUGGAGAAGGAGAUGGGGAACCUCGGUUUGGACAUGACCGACAAAGACGAGGUCAGUUCUUUUUCAUCUAGAUCCGAGUUUACAGCACUAGAGAUGGACUUGAUGUUAUAAAUUUGAUAUGUAGUUCCUUUUGGUUGAUUUCUCUCCCUAAAAACAGUGUUAUAGAUUAUAGAUGGUAAUAAAAAUUCACCUCUUUAACAAUAAAUACAAAAAGAGAACAAAACAACCAAAACCUGGCUGUAAACAUGUUAAUUCUGCUGUAAAAUUAGCCUGUAAACAUGGGUGUGUAUGUGGACUCCUUUACUUUUGCAGCCACCCUCUAGUGGACGCUCUUGGAACUGCAGUUUUUUCCACUCCUGCACUCAUUUAUAACUAUUCUCCUCUUUUCUUCACAGAGCCACUACGCCCAACAAGCCCGGCGGUCCAGGAGCGUUACUAGGAAGCGCAAACGUGAAGCUUCGGCUCCUCCCACCUCCAAAACCCGCAGCCAGAGCGCCUCCAGGCCGCCACGAGACCAGUCCGGUUUACGGGACGCAAAAGUAAGUGACGCUUAACUUCAUGUUGGUGUGAGAAAACUUCAGGAAAACUAAUGUCCUAACCCUCUCUGUUUGUUUCUCAGAUGGUGAAGAAGACAAAGAAGAUGAUGAAGAACUCCCAGAAAGGCAUGAACCGCCAAGGCAAGAAGGGCGAGGCAGACCGACACGUGUUUGACCUCAAACCCAAACACCUCCUGGCCGGGAAGAGGAAGUCGGGCACCACAGAUCACAGAUAA